AUGGCUAGGACGUCAGUCGUGAAUCAGCAACAAAAAAGAUCUUACCUUCGAUCUAAUCGCAAUCUACCUGACAACGCACAAUGGGUACAGGAAGCAGUCACUGUUGCUGGAGGCAAUGAAAAAGGUGAUGCACCCAGCCAACUCAACCAUCCUCAUGGCCUCUAUAUAGAUGACGAUCAAACGAUCUUGAUCACUGAUUACGGGAAUCAUCGUAUUGUCAAAUGGACGCCUGAUGCAACGAGUGUGGGCGGUGGCAAGGGACAAGUGGUGGCCGGUGGCAAUAGAGGAGGAGAUGGACUUCAUCAGUUGUUUAAUCCAACAGAUGUGAUUGUCGACAAAAAGACAGACAGUCUCAUCAUCUGCGAUGCGAUGAACAACCGAGUUAUGCGAUGGUCUCGUCAAAACAGAACAAACGGAGGACCGAUCAUCUCGAAUAUCACUUGUUGGGGAUUGGCCAUGGACGAUAAGGGAUUUCUCUACGUUUCUGACCGAAAAAAAGCCGAAGUAAGACGAUAUACAAUGGAUGAGACGAAUGGAACGGUGGCAGAAGGUGACAACGGAAUAGUGGUUGCAGGUGGCAAUGGAAGAGGCGAGGGUCCCCAUCAACUCGCCUUUCCCACUUACCUCUUUGUCGACCAAAAACAGUCUGUCUACGUUUCGGACUCGGACAAUAAUCGUGCGAUGAAGUGGGACAGAGAUGCUACAACAGGGUGUCUCGUGGCUAGUGAUAAUAGCGGCGGGAAUGCUAUGACACAAUUGUCGAAUCCUCAAGGAGUGUUCGUUGAUCAGUUGGGCAGAAUUUAUGUGGCAGAUUCCAAUAAUCAUCGAAUAAUGCGUUGGUACGAAGGAAAUGAAGUGGAAAUUAUUGCUGGUGGUAGGAACGGCCCGGGAAAAGAACCAAAUCAGUUGUUAUAUCCUGUGGGUUUGUCAUUCGAUCAGCAGGGUAAUCUUUAUGUUGUGGAUAAUGGAAAUCAUCGAGUUCAACGAUUCUCAAUCAAAGCAAGUUGUACUGAUGAAGUGUCGAUGAAUAUCAAUGGACUUGGAAUGGAUCGUUUACAAAAUCGACUAACAGGUCUAGAAAAGUAA